AUGUGCCGCAACUUAAUUAACGAAAUCGACGGGCUCGUCGCAGAGGAAGAAAAGAGAACAUGGUGGGCGAUAAUGAACAUGGACAGGUCUGUUGGGCUGUGUAGUGGCGACUUUUUAUUUUCGACGGAGGACCCUGAGGGAUUGGAUCCGCUUCCAGUUGAAGAUUUGCUAUGGUCGCAGGAUGGUGAUCCAGUAGACUUGAGAGCCUCGAUCCCCGGCGCACCCACGCUUGCCACACCUCCAACACAGUCCGUGGGGCAGAUGGCUCGAGAGUGCCAGGUCUCUCACCUUGCCGGCCGGGUGAUCCGACACACCACCAAUCCCACAUCUGAUCCCAACUUCAAUGCCGAGGAGGCGAUACAGCUUGAACGUACAUUACAGACUAUUCUGUUGUUGCUGAUUGAUGAGGAUCUGACUUUUGGAAGAUAUUGUGGGGCCCUUGGGAUCUGUGACAGCGCACUUUUCACACUUUACGAAUUUUUACUUAGCCACUGCGAUGAACAUGGGCCAGAAAAGGUCGGAAUACUCGAGAGUAUGCAAGAAUUGUCAGAAAGAGCCGUCAUGUUUGCAGAAGCUGGCUACGCCGAUAAAGAAACAUUUUAUCUCGAGACUCUUUCACCUUUCCUCCCAUACUGUCUUUAUCAAGCUGGAAUCGUGCAGUAUAGGCUGUGGAACCAAAAGGGUGAUUUAAUUCACAAAUCGCGACUUGAUGCCCUCUCCAAUCUUCUGAGAGGAAAUGGCAAGCGAUGGGCUGUUGCAGCAACAUACUUGGAUGUUUUGGAAAGAUUGCAAGAAUCCUGGCCACCUAUAGUGACACCAUCUGAUUUGCUGAACUUUGGAGAACAGGCUUCAGUCCCAUAG